ACUGCCCCCUGUGAAAUUCCUGACUGCCAGGGUGAUUCCUCCGGUCACUGAGGGCUGCUUCCUACUGCAGCCAGCCUAGCGUGCGCUCUGGGGCAAACUAUUUAAUAACCUCUGGAUAAAUGAUCAACCACUGGAAUGAUAUCUCCAGCGAUAAAGGGUUGAUGUUUCCACACCGGGCGCCCCCAGGGUCGCUUUCCAGCCUGACUGCGGACCGCUCUCCCCCCCUGUCAGCCUCCUGAUCAGCCCGCUGACCGCCUGCAGCUCGACCGCACCGCGCACAAGGUUCCUCUGCCUGGACAGCACUGCGUCGCCAUGGACACAGAGUCCACCUACUCCGGCUAUUCCUACUACUCCGGACGCUCCCGGGGGUCCCACAGGCAUGGGGAGCGAAGCCGGGACAGAGAUCGCCACAAGUCCCGCAACAAAGACAGCCGCUCAGAAAAGUCUGUAACGAUAAACUCGCCGCCCGCUGAGCCACUGCUGGGCGACUCGUCUGUCCGGGGGGGGGAGCAGGUCCAGGAUGACAACUGGGGCGAGACCACCACGGCGGUCACGGGCACCUCGGAGCACAGCCUGUCCCAGGAGGACAUUGUGCGGAUCACCAAGGACCUGGAGGACAGCGUGGGGCUGGACUGCCGGCGGUACUUCACCCUGACGCUGGCCGUGGUCAUGGGCCUGCUGGUGUUCCUGACGCCCGUGGCCUUCCUGGUGCUGCCCCACCUGCUGUGGCCGGAGAAGCUGCAGAGCUGCGGCACGGCCUGCGAGGGCCUCUUCAUCUCCGUGGCCUUCAAGCUGCUCAUCCUGCUGCUGGCCGUCUGGGCGCUCUUCUUCAGGUCGCCAAGGGCCGGCCUCCCGCGGGUCUUUGUGUUCCGGGCGCUGCUCGCCGUGCUGGUGCUGCUCUUUGUGAUGUCAUACUGGCUGUUUUAUGGAGUCAGGAUACUGGACACACAGGACGACAACUACCAGGGCAUCGUGCAGUACGCGGUGUCUCUGGUGGACGCUCUGCUCUUCAUCCACUACCUAGCCAUCGUGCUGCUGGAGCUGCGGCAGCUGCAGCCGUGCUUCUCCGUCUGCGUCAUGCGCUCCACCGACGGGGAGAAGAGGCACUACAACCUGGGCCAGCUGAGCAUCCAGCGGGCGGCUCUGGCCGUCUUGGAGCACUACUACUGCGACUUCCCCGUCCACAACCCGGCGCUGCUCUCCGCCUCCAAGUCCCGCGCUGCCAAGCACCUGGCCGGCCUCAAGGUCUACAACGUGGAUGGUGAGUUCCCAGCAGCCCUGGCUGAGGGUCCGGGGAACAACGCAGCAGCAGGCAUGGCUCACUCUCAGUCCAGAGCCAUGAUCGCAGCCGCAGCCCGCCGCAGAGACACCAGCCACAACGAGCUGUACUACGAGGACGCGGAGCACGAGAGGCGCGUCCGCAAGCGCAAAGCACGACUGGUGGUGGCGGUGGAGGAGGCGUUCACACACAUCAAGCGCAUGCAGGAGGAGGAGCAGAAGAAGACCCCGGUGGACGUGAUGGACUCCCGGGAGGCGGCGCAGGCCAUCUUCCCCUCCAUGGCCCGCGCCCUGCAGAAGUACCUGAGGACCACCAAGCAGCAGCACUGCCACAGCAUGGAGAGCAUCCAGCAGCACCUGGCCUUCUGCAUCACCAACAACAUGACGCCCAAGGCGUUCCUGGAGAGCUACCUGAGCGCGGGCCCCACCCUGCAGUACAGCCGGAGCCACUGGUUGGCCCGUCAGUGGACCCUGAUCAGCGACGCCUCGGUCACCAGCGGCCUAUCGGACGGCUGCGUCUUCCAGCUGAAGUGUGUGGACUUCAGCCUGGUCGUGACCACCAAGAAGAUCCCGUACAUCCAGAUGUCGGAGGAGUACAUCGACCCCAAGUCACACAAGUUUGUCCUGCGGCUACAGUCGGAAACCUCCGUGUAGCUCUCCAAACGCUCUCUUUUUUUAUUCCUCACCCUGUCUCGGAUGUUUUCACUUUGGGUUUGCAGUUUUUAUUUUUUAUAUAUUACAUAUGAAUAUAUAUUACACUCAUGUUUGAAUAUAUUGAUCUUUAUAUGUUUGAUUUGGACGAAAUCAAAAGAUGGCGGUUUGACUCGGACGCCUCGGACACGGUUACGGGUGUAUCUGUGUGUGCACGUGUGUCAUGUUGUGUCAACACAAUCACUCCUUCCUUUUGCUGGAGAGAAAACCACUAAGGACGUCGAUUUUAUGACUUGUAUUUAAAUAUUUGAAACAUGGAAACACAAGACGAAGAUGGUGCCUGUGUUGAAGAAUUUGUACCCUCUUUUUGGACGCAUCCAUCUGGCGUAAAAACUUAAAUCAGACUUUGUAUCAAGUGCACAUUUAUGUUGGUUUCUAAAUGAAAAGACAGAAAGGAUGAUCGCAGCCUGCUCAAAGAGGACGUCAGACUGUUUUCCUCAUCACUACCCCUACACCUGAAGAGCUCCAUACACUUGGGUGCUUAUUCUCUGAUCUUCUCCAGGUGCAGUGGAGCAACAUGAGGGAUAUUUCCACUCCAGUUGGGAACAACACACACAUGUUAAACAACGAUGCGGAUCAUGAGAGACGCUCAUGGACGCAUGCCCAAAAACAUUUGCCCUGCCUCAUCGGUUCACUAACCUUCUCCGGACGCGAUGGAAGGGGAAAGCAGAGACAGGAAUAACCAUGUCACAAAAAAAAGUACUACUGAAUACUCCCUGUGCAGGUUACUGAAGUUUAAAUACUGUAUAUUCUCAUAUAAAAGGCCACAUUUGAUUAUCCUUGACUGCUCCCUGAUCUAAACACUGCAGCUCGCAUAGUCAAUCUAGUAUAAUGAGUAUUUCCACUGAACUGCAUAUAUCAGUACAACAGUCAGGUCAUGUUGUUGACAUACAAUAUUGUUUUUAUACUUUCGUACUCCUGCUCAAUGUCAAACUACCGUCAACAUUUCCUGACGUUUUUCACACUAAAAGCCCAGCUAAAUGUGGUAAGCAAAGGUGUAACAAGUACAACUUUAAGGUACUUGUACUUUACUGACGUUGUUUUUUAGUUUAGUGUGAAAUAUUGUACUUUUAUUCUGAUUUGCAUUUCAAUCAUUUACAUUUAAACGUAAUUUAUUUGACUAUUUGUCGGGCAAAUCACUUUGGUUUAUUGUGACGGAAUUUCCAAUUUCUUCACAAUUUUUAACCAAAGAUAUAGUUUGCUUAAUCCGUAAUGAUUAUAAUCAUAAAUUAAUUAAUAUAAUAAUUAAUAAUGAUAAUAGUUUAAACAGUCACAGGAAACCUUUCUGUAAUGCAUUUGUAUAGUUAUACUUACAUACUUUUUAAAGGUAACAUUUUCAAAACAGGACUUUGACUUUUCACUGUGUGGUAUUUAUAAUUGGAAUAAAGUAUAGUACCUUCUCUACAACUACUGGUUAGCGCUCGACUGUAACAGCCAAUUCAUUUGGAAAUUCUGGAGGAAUGUGACAAGACCCUCUGCAGUGCUGUGGAAAUACACAUUACACUGAAUUUGCCAACCCAACAGGGCUAAAUAAGGGCCAAUAUUUGAGAAUGUACAGUAUUUAAAGUAUGAUUUUAUCUUUCAGGGCUCACACAGUUCACUUGUAUGACUAUACAUGCAGUAUGAGAUGACAAAGAGUGUGUGAAGGGCGGAACCUCCUUUUAACUAGUCUGUCUGGUUUUCUUUUACUACCUUGUCUCACCUCUUACACAGUUUCCAGAUCUUUCUUUCACCUGAUUAAGCCAGAAGAAUGCAGUUCAAUUAAGCUAAAGGCACAACAAUGAACUGAUCAGGCAUAUUAACUUAAGUAUUAAAAGAGAACUUCUAGAAGAAAAGUGAGUGAUUAUCUUCUGUCUGAGAGCAGGGUUGUCCAGUGCUGCCCUCUGGCUGGGAAACCUGAUAUUUUUGGUGUGUGUGCCUGGACGAAGCACUGCUCAUUUUAGCAAACUUUUCCACUAUACACUUCUAACUUUUAAACCACCUUGGGAGAACUUUAAAAAAACACACUUUUGCUGUUUUGAAAGGUCACAUUUUGUACCGGCAGAGGAACUUUGUACGAACCCAAUGUGACUGUGCCUCCUGUUUUUACACUGUAUCUAUUUAUGUAAACAUGCAUGUGUGUCUGAAUGUAUAUAGAUGCCAUUCCAGUUCACACGACAACCCCCCCCCCCCCCCCCUACAUCUCCACCAUGUGUCGCGCUGUUGCCAGGUUACAGUGCUCUGUUGUGGGGACGGAUACAUGAUGAUGCUUUGGCGUUUGCAAUGUAAGACAUGGUUCAGUUUCACAGCAUUAGCAUUUGUAAAAACAAUAAACAUUUUUAUGAACAUUUGUAACAUUGGA